AAAAAGAGGGUGUAAUACCUGGAUGUAGUCCCACACUGCAGAGAUGCUAUACUCCUGUCCUAGCUAUGGGAACAGCCCUAAAGGCAGCACCGUGUCUGAGUACCCUGUACUUACGUACUGUAGCUCACCUUACUAUCCACGGCUGUCUAAUCACGCACUGCAGCACCGAUAAGGACCUCUUAUAUUCUGAGGUUAACAAACAAAAUGGGCUGUUGAACAGAACUGUGUCUGAGGAUAAGGGUCCUUCACUGAUGAUGUGAAUGGGUGCUAUUUGCCUAUCUAAUCAUAUUUACUGGGUCACAUGGUGUCUGAAUCAGGAUGGGACAAACACAGCUAACAAGAAGUGAACCUGAUGAGAUUGUAUGGGCUCAAUAACAUUGAUAGGUCUGUCUUGUCAUCAUAGUGCACUGCAGUAAAAUAACUGGAAAUCAAGCAUUCUAAUGGUAGUUGAAUGAUAACCCAGCCUUAUGUUCUAUUGUCAAGCAAUAGCACUGAUAUGUGUCAUUCAAAGCCUCUGUCGCUUCACAAGCUCUUUAUAACAUUACCACCUACACAUUCCAUUUACAUAUCGGGCAUUACCUUAGAUUGAGAGAAAGUGAGAUUUAAAAAGGUUUAGAUAAAAAAAUAGUCCAUGAAAAAAGGGGACAGUUCCAGUCAGAUGUAAAAAACAAAACAAAUGAUUCCUGUCUAAUAUGAUUGGUGUGGGUUUUUACACAACAGCAUCUCAACUUCUGAAACACAGAUCGUGUUGCUUUAAAUAUUGCCUUUUAAUAUGAUUUUAGAACAUAAAUGUGCCUUAUUAUGGGUAUAAUUUCAACGUGAAGGAAUUGUUAUAAAAGGCUGGGAGCUAUAAAUCAAUAUAACAUAAGGUUUUGAUUAUAAAGGCCAUUUCCCAUUCUGAUAUUACUUGGGGUGAGUAUUUAUCUACAACUGACGUGCAUGAUACCAUAUGAAUAUAAUUCUAGAUCUAUGAAUGAUACAUCAUCAUAUUGUUCUUGAACUCUAUUUCUUUGAAUCGAGACCUAACAGACCUACAUAGCAUGUUAACUCUAUAAGACAUCCCCCCAUUCAUUUACUGUAUCAUGCUACUUAUGUUAUGAGUACACAGUAUAUGGUAUCUGAGAAUUGGAAAAAGUGAGUCUAGAAUAGAGAGUAUCUGGUAUUUUGGAGUUGACUAAUACAAAGAGGGUAUCUGGUUGGGUAUGGCUAACUGGCAUUUGUGGAAUGCAGGGGAACUGAAUAUCUGAAGGUAUUCAUUAAAUACCAAUGCCAUUCAUUAUUAUCUGAAAUCUGGAACAUUUUAUUGUGGGAAUAAAUAUAUAUUAAUGACAUUUAUAAAAAAAGGUAUUGAGCUUCCCAAAUUGUAUAUUCAGCGUAUUAUAACUGUUUUACCACACAUUAAGUUGUCUCUGGUGGUACAUACAUCUAUAAAUGUAUCGGUUUGGGACAGCAGAAGGGGCGUAACGUUACGCUGUAGAUACUCGUACACAAGUCAUUUCAUCAUCACUUGUUCAGUCUAUUGGACGCAGACAGAGCGCUGCUCAGUCAAUUGACAUACAUGACGAUUAUCACUCUUUUGUCUUUCAAUUACCUGUAUAUCGCCUUGAUUAUACAUAUUUAAAAAAACGUUUUUAUCAUUGCCAACGUUGCAGUGUGAUUGACAGUGUUCUGGAAAUUCCUGUGUCGCUGUUAGAGCGUCUCUUGGAAAUUGGCUUUGUUCGCUCCGACAGCACACAGCUUUAUCAUCCAGAAUGGACCAUUUGGAGAAGGAAAAUAGGUCUGACGAAGAUUCGGAAUACGAAGAAGAGGAGGUGGACCCUAGAAUUCAGGGAGAACUGGAGAAUCUCAACCAGUCUACGGACGACAUCAACAGAUGUGAGACACAACUGGAGGAUGCCAGGCAGAGGUUCCGCACAGUGCUGGUUGAGGCCACGGUGAAGCUGGAUGAGCUGGUCAAGAAGAUUGGGAAGGCGGUGGAGGAGUCCAAACCCUACUGGGAGGCCCGGAGAGUGGCCAGACAGGCUCAGCUGGAGGCCCAGAGAGCCACCCAGGACUUCCAGAGGGCCACAGAGGUGCUGCGUGCGGCAAAAGAGACCAUCGCCCUGGCAGAGCAGAGGCUCCUGGAGGAGGACACCAGGCAGUUUGACUCAGCCUGGCAGGAGAUGCUCAACCAUGCCACCCAGAGGGUGAUGGAGGCGGAGCAUACAAAGACGCGGAGUGAGCUGGUGCACAAGGAGACAGCAGCCAAGUACACGGCAGCCAUGGGCCGCAUGAAACAGCUGGAGAAGAAACUCAAACGCACCAUCAACAAGUCCAAACCUUACUUUGAGUUGAAGGCAAAGUACUACCUACAGCUUGAGCACCUAAAGAAGAAUGUGGAUGAGUUGCAGGCCAAGCUGAGCCAGGCCAAAGAAGGGUACAAGACAGCUCUGAGAAACCUCGAGAUGAUCUCAGACGAGAUCCACGAACGCCGACGCAACUCAGCCAUGGGCCCCCGGGGGCGGGGCGUGGGCGCCGAUGGCGACAGUGUCGCCGUGGAUGACAUUGCCAGCUUCAAGAUAGAGUCGGAUGGCAUCUCCAUGACGUCCGAGUCGUUUGAGGAUGAGACCUGCAGCAGUGCCAUGUCAGAGGAGGACUCAGAGACCCGCUCCACCUGCAGCCUGGUCUCCUCCUCCCACUCCCCAAACAGCCCCCAGGACCUGCCCUCGCCCUGCCCCUCCUCUUCCCCUGCUCCCUCCUCACGCCCCUGCAGUCUGGACCUUCCCAGCCCAGUCUCGCUGUCUGACUUUGGCCUUAUCUCGCCUGUCCUGGGACCACGCAGCGAGUGUAGCGGGGCAUCAUCACCUGAGUGUGACCUGGAGAGAGGUGACCGAGCAGAGGGAGCAGAGGGUGAGCUGGACAAUACUGUAAACAACAACAGCACCACCGUACCAAACACCAAGAAGACCACGGGCCUGGAGGUCCGCCUCAGCUUCCUGUCUCUUCGAUGCUCGCGCAACGUCAACUCCAAGAACACCAAGCGAGAACGUCAAAGCCGUUCCCAGACCCCCACCCAAACUGUGGUCCUGAUCAACGGGGUGUGAAGAGGAAAGCUAAUCCACAAGCUAACCCCAUCACCAGCUUUGUGUGCCAACAUGCUGUAUUACCAGUAACACCACACACACAUUCCAAUUUACCCCAUUAACUAAUACUGGCUAAGUGAAUAAAAAGUGGCUCAGUAUGAGACACUAUGAACUAAAUGGUCAGUGUAUAUACAGUUCCUAUGGAUCAUGAUGAUAAAGAGACUUAAGACCCAACCCAGGGUUGGUGAUGUCAUGAAACCACCACUUCCUAUAGAAAGGACCUUUCAACUUUUGACAUCCCACCCAUAGCUUCCUCAGUCAGAUUGGCUUCCCAUAAUUCCCUAUUGAACUCCACACACAUUAAGGACCGUGCUGGCUAACGCCCUAUGGGUGGGGGCCCAUGGUAUGAGGGGAAAUGGGAUAAACAGUGUUUUUUUUUUUACUGUGAUAUUCUCCCUGAGAGGGAGCUGCACUUCCAGACAAGAUGUGAUUCUGUUGUUCGUAAAUGAAAGAAUGCACUCCUAGCUUCGACUAUUAGAAAUGGGGAUUAUUUAUAAAACUUGAUGCCACCUGUUUUACCAAUACAGAGUAGAAUACACAAACAUUGACAGCAAUCUGUGUUAUGCUUUUGUAAACAAAGAGCAUGCAUGAGGCCAGGAUUUAAAGUCAGGAUUUAUAAAAAGGAACGGAGUUCAAGUUUUGUGAAUAACCCUCAUGACUUGUAAUAUUACUCUGCUAUAUCCUCUCACAGAUAGUUGAUUUUUGAAUACUCUCACCAUUAUGUAAUCCUGUGUACGGCAUAUAUAGCCUAUGGCUACUGCUUCAUGUUACCAUGGAGACCAAACACACACUACCAGCCCCUGGCUGGCAUCUCUUCGGACAGCCCGUGCAUUUGUCCAAUAGGGGUCUUCAGAAUUGGACUUAAAAUAACCUUAUUCUAUUGCUCAACUCACUUCCCAGUGAUCUGUGAAUUCCUCUCACCGACAGUACAUAUAAAACUGGACUUUGAAUCGAUUCCAAGAGUAGAAUAAUUGUGUGGGGUGAGGCUACAGUAGAUAUACCCUCCCCUCCUCUCUUCCUCCUGGCUCCCUCCAUCCUGUGGUUCAUCGGCACCACACUGAUGUGGUGCCAGGGAAAUGGGCCCCCAGACACUGUCAACCAUCUAGUUCUCCUUCCAUCCAUCUCCCUGUCAUGGCAUCCCCAAUGGCCCCGUACUGAGGGACAACGUCCACCCACGGUCAGUAACACUAAAGAACUGAGCAAUAGCGCAAGGACAGAACUUUAGAUAACAACAUCUGCCCAUGGACACCAUCACAUAGAGUUCCCUGUAACGGAAUGAAAAUGGCCAGCCAAGUAAUUCUCAGAAUCUGAGGAUGGUUUUUGUCUUGGACCAAUAUUGAGGAGAAAGUGAAACUGGAUGACAAUGAAACUGAUGAUGGUGAAGAACGACAAGGUCUUUUGUGGAAACUGACAGGAUAGUUGAUAGUGUUGGUUUCUGGUGGACAGUAUCAGCUCCUGUAAGUUGUAGAUCCAUAUUGGCUAAAGUGGCACACAGUAGACUGUCAGAUGUUUGAGGUCUCGUCGUCUGUCUCAAAUAGUGUUCAAUUGGCUUCCUCUCCUGGUCUCCUUAUGCUCCAUGGCCACAUGGGGAAAGGUAUUUGGUCACUGAGUUAUGAGAAAAGCAAGCUAUUGCACAAGCGUAUGCAGUCUAUUUGUUAUUGUGAACGCUCCAGUCUAUGUAUGUACUGUACAAAUGUAAUGUUGUAUCGAUGUUUAUCUGUCACCCUCCGCUGUGGAAUAUAAGGAUAUGACCAUGAACAGUCCCUGUCGUAGCCGUUUUCUUCCAUUAUGUUAAGAGUAACUUUCCAUUGUGUCUUCACAGUUUAAUGUGCCUGUUUUCUGAAAAUAAUUCAUUAAAAGUGAUGUUCACUGCA